UGGCAGUCACGGCCAAUGGAAGACAAGAGCGGGAGGAGUCUCCGUCAGUUACACACCUACAUUACUUUUAGUCAAGCACACAGCGGGAGCAUCACGGGCGCGUCGCGUGUACACAUACACUGUCUCUGUUCUGAAAACUGCAUAAAAAUAAGAACAAUCAUGUCGGACAGAAAGGCUGUGAUCAAAAAUGCGGACAUGUCUGAAGAGAUGCAGCAGGAUGCUGUGGAGUGUGCCACACAGGCGCUGGAGAAAUACAACAUCGAGAAAGACAUCGCUGCCUACAUCAAGAAGGAAUUUGAUAAAAAGUACAACCCCACCUGGCAUUGCAUCGUGGGAAGGAACUUCGGCAGCUACGUGACUCACGAGACGAAGCAUUUCAUCUACUUCUACUUGGGUCAGGUGGCCAUUCUGCUGUUUAAGUCUGGGUGAACGAGCGACGCCAUUUCAACAGAGCAUUAAAACUGACUGUAUCUACUGGGCUGAUCAUUCCUGUACUGGGACCGGCCUUCUCUCGGCUGCCUCUUUUGUUCUGAUAUUAUUUCGAAAAUGGCCAUAUGAGAAGAGAAUGAUAAAAGGAAACACUUGUAUUUAUUUUUGUUUUCUAUACACCGUCGUUGAAGCGUUUUGUCUCACCUGAGUUUUUUUUUUAUUAAAGCAACGUUGUUUGGCUGUUUAAGUGGAUUUUGUUGUCUGAGGUGAUGUAAGCAAAGUUUUUAAAAUUGUGUGCAUCCAUGUUGGACAACAUCCACGACAGGAAAAACGCUCAGGGUCCACUACAGUUAGUAGUCCUAUCGGCAUGAUUAAACCUAAUACGGUCUCAUUAAUAAAAUAUAUUUUUGUCUUAUCGGUUAUCAGUUGGGGUGCAUUUAUAUUUUUGUUUAAUUACAAGAACGUUUGUGUCUGUUCUUCUGACACAAAAAUGAUAAAGUUCAACAAGUUUUGCAUCUCUUUUGCAGGACUAUAUAACAUGACUGUACUAAGAACCAAUAAAUUUGACAUUCAUGAAUGAAACUUUGCUAAUGCAGCAUUUUAAAUACUCUGAAUUUCAUGUCCAUUUUAAUAGAAUUACAGCAAAUGUGAUUCAUUAAUAAAGUUAUUAAAAUAC